AUGGCAAAAGCUUGCAAAUCGCAAGAAGAGAUUGCGAUUGAAGCAAUCAAUCAUGCUUUGAAAGCUCUUCGGAAACGCCAUUUGCUCGAAGAAGCCGCUCAUGCUCCUGCUAUUCUCGCACUAUCAAGACCCAUCAUUAUCCAGGGCUCUGAAUGGAAAGAGAAAACGGAGAACUUGGAAUUGGAACUUCAACAAUGCUAUAAAGCUCAAUCUCGGUUGUCGGAGCAACUCGUUACGGAAGUAGCUGAAUCCAGAGUUUCAAAAGCUUUGCUUCAAGAGAAAGAAACUGUGAUUGCUGAUAUUCAGAAGGAGUUAACAGAAUUGAGGGAUGAGUGCGCUCAAUUAAAGUCAGAUUUGGAACAAAAGAUUAAAGAAGUUGAAUUAGUUGUGUGUGAGAAUUCAGAACUUAAAUCUCAACUGAAGGAGGUGACUACUACGGCCAAUAAAGCUGAAGCUGAAAAUAAGAUGUUGAUUGACCGCUGGAUGUUAGAAAAAAUGAAGGAUGCUGAACGCAUAAACGAGGCAAAUGCACUGUACGAAGACAUGGUUCAGCGGCUAAGAGCUAGUGGUCUAGAACAACUUGCAAGGGAACAGGUAGAUGGAGUUGUUCGGCGAAGUGAAGAAGGUGCUGAAUUCUUUUCAGAGUCGAACAUCCCUUCCAUGUGCAAAUACAGGCUAAAUGCACAUGAAGGAGGUUGCGCUUCCUUACUGUUUGAGUACAAUUCUAGUAAAUUGAUUACUGGGGGACAGGAUCGUUCAGUUAAAGUGUGGGAUACAAAUACAGGAUCCGUAAGCUCUAAUCUUCAUGGCUGCCUUGGCUCAGUAUUGGAUCUUGCUAUCACACACGAUAAUCGAUCUGUUAUUGCUGCAAGCAGCUCAAACAAUUUGUAUGUAUGGGACCUGAACUCGGGCCGGGUCCGUCAUACCCUUACUGGACACUCAGAUAAAGUUUGUGCUGUUGACAUCAGCAAGGUUUCAAGUCGUCAUGUUGUCAGUGCAGGUUAUGACCGUACAAUAAAAGUAUGGGACUUGAUGAAAGGUUACUGCACAAAUACAAUAAUGUUUCACAGCAACUGCAAUGCUCUUUGCUUCAGCACAGAUGGGCAGACUGUAUUCUCCGGACACGUUGAUGGUAAUCUCCGUUUAUGGGACAUUCAGUCCGGAAGACUACUAAGCGAGGUUGCUGCGCAUUCGCUUGCCGUCACAUCAAUAUCCCUUUCUCGAAACGGAAAUAUUGCAUUGACAAGUGGAAGGGAUAAUUUGCACAAUUUGUUUGAUGUUCGAACUCUGGAAGUUUGCGGCACAUUAAGAGCUUCAGGAAACAAAGUGGCUUCUAAUUGGAGUCGAUCGUGUAUCAGCCCAGACAACAAUCACGUGGCGGCUGGGUCUGCUGAUGGAUCUGUUCAUAUAUGGUCAAUAUCUAAAGGUGAUAUAGUAAGCACUCUGAAGGAGCAUACUUCUUCUGUUCUAUGUUCGAGUUGGAGUGGAAUGGGAAAACCCUUAGCUUCAGCAGACAGGAAUGGGAUUGUUUCCAUCUGGUCAUAG